AUGUCAUCCGCACAGCCACCCCGCUAUGGAGUUUACUCUCCCAUGGUGACUUUCUUUAACGAGGACGAGAGCGUCGAGUAUAAAAGUAUCACUCAGCAUGUGGAGCGACGACUUUCUAGCGGAGUAGCUGGCGUUGUCAUGCACGGCAGUAAUGGAGAGGCCAUUCAUCUUUUGCGCGAAGAACUGGCGCAAAUUAUCUGCCAUUGCAGUAUUAUUGCAGGAUGCAGCGCCAGCAGCGUACAUGAGACAUUGGUAAACAUCACAGAAGCACAAGAGGCAGGGGCUGGUUAUGCUCUUGUCUUGCGUCCUCAAAUCGUCGGCGCAAAGCUGACUUGCGGCGAUCUAGGUAAAUUGCAACGUCUUUCUGCAUCGCUCCCUACCACCAAAUUUGGCCCCUUCGCUAGAAAGGCGGACUUCUUGCUCCCCGGUUUGAUCGUGGGCUCCAACGGCAUCGUUUCUGCUCUGGCAAACCUUGUUCCGAAGCUACACAUAGAGGCUGCCAGACUGUACAAAGCUGGGAAACUUCAGGGAGCACAAGAGAUCCAAUGGAAGCUAUCCGUCGCCGACUAG